UGGUAUGUUCCGUUUCACUUCCUCCUCAUGCGACAACAAUUCACUUCACAUGGGGUCCUGUUUGCUGGGCUGUUCUACUCGAUAUACCAACGUAAUCUAAUGAAAUUGACAAAAAGUAGUUUGUGGUAACAAGACUAAACCUAAAAUGGGUAAGAAGAAGUCUGCCAUGGUGCUCGGGAGAUCGUUGAUAAAGGAGAGACUCAACGCAGGCCGAGGCAACAAGAGGGGCGAUACUUGGCUCCACACCAGUGAACUGAAUGAUGGCUACGAUUGGGGUCGUCUCAACCUGCAGUCAGUGACUGAGCAGAGUUCUAUGGAUGACUUCCUUGCAACUGCAAAAAUGGCAGGAACUGAGUUUGUUGCAGAAAAGCUCAACAUCAAGUUUGUGCCAGCUGAAGCUCGGGCAGGAUUACUGACAGCCGAGGAGAUGGCAAAGUUGAAAAAGCUGCACGAAGAGAACAAACAACUCCUCAGAAUUCCACGAAGGCCUCACUGGGAUGAGAGCACCAGUCCAGAGGUCCUCCAGCAGACCGAGAGAGACAGCUUCUUGGAGUGGAGACGAGAACUGGCACUACUAGAAGAGGAGCAGAAAAUGAUUCUCACCCCUUUUGAAAGGAAUUUGGAUUUCUGGAGACAGCUCUGGCGAGUGAUUGAGAGGAGUGACAUCGUUGUUCAGAUCGUUGAUGCCAGAAACCCGUUGCUGUUUCGUUGCCCUGACCUGGAGUGCUAUGUCAAGGAAGUGUCCCGGGACAAGGUGAACUUGCUGCUGGUGAACAAGGCUGACCUGCUUACCCGGGAGCAGCGGAGGAUCUGGGCCAGAUAUUUCCAGAGAGAGGGCCUCCAUGCUGUUUUCUGGUCUGCACUGGUGGAGAAUGAGAGGCUGGAGGCAGAGGAGAAGGGAAUGGAAGUGGAGGAGCAGGAAGAUGAACAGAGUGACACAGAAAAUGAAGACGAGGGAAUGCCAGACAACGRCAAUGUGAGCCGAAGACAGGAGGUAGAGGAUAACAAGGAGAAGAGUGAGGAGGAAGAUGAGGAGAGUGAUAUGGACGAGGAGCAGCAGAGAGGGGAGCAGUUUGAAGACUGUGUAGCAGAGGGAGACUGGCAGACCUGCUCAGAGGCAUCAGAGGGUGAGGAAGCAGAUGACGAAGAGAGUAUAGAUGGCUCCACCCACAACUCCUCCUCCUUCCACAACUCCAGUCGCCUGCUGUCCAAAGACGAGCUGCUGGACAUAUUUAAGGCUGCUCACGAUGGGCCAGCGUUGAAAGAGGGUGAGCUCACAGUGGGGCUGGUGGGGUAUCCCAAUGUGGGAAAAAGUUCCACCAUCAACACUAUUCUGAGAAAUAAGAAGGUGUCCGUCUCAGUCACGCCUGGGCACACCAAGCACUUUCAGACGCUGUACGUGGAGCCAGGUCUGUGUCUGUGUGACUGCCCCGGCCUGGUCAUGCCCUCCUUUGUGGCCACUAAAGCUGAGAUGAUCUGCUGUGGGAUCCUGCCCAUCGACCAGAUAAGAGACCACGUGCCUGCCAUCUCCCUCGUGUGUCAGACUAUUCCUCGGGAUGUGCUAGAGGGCACCUAUGGCAUAAACAUCAUCCGCCCGCGAGAGGACGAGGACCCCGACCGCAUACCCAACUAUGAGGAGCUACUGAUGGCCUACGGAUACAUGAGGGGCUUCAUGACAACACACGGACAGCCUGACCAGUCGAGAUCAGCCCGCUACGUYCUCAAGGACUACGUUGUUGGGAAACUGCUUUACUGCCAUCCUCCUCCCCACAUCAGUGCAGCAGACUUCCAGCCCCAGCACAGCAAGUUCCAGUCUGGAGAUGCAGACGGUAAAGGCUCCAAGACAGGCCACAAACAGAUCAAAGUCAAGAGACAUGAGAAUCUGGUGGACAAGAACUYCUUCCAUCAGGAGAAUGUUCGAGCACUCACCAAGGGGGUCCAGUCUUACAUGGGCUACAAGCUAGGCAGCAUAGGCCAGUGUGAACAGAUAGGUCAAGGGCAACCUGGCACGGAACAGCCUGUGGUCAAACCCUGGAAGAAGCAUGGCAAUAGAAACAAGAAAGAGAAAGUGCGCUGACUCACCAAGCACCUGGAUGCCUGAAGAACAUCUAUAAACUGUUAGAAAUCGCUGAUAUUUUAGAGUGGAAUGGAGUGUUAACCCACAAGGGACUUUUCAAUGCAAUUCCACAGGAAUUGGUGCUUUGUUGUACGUAGAUACUGGUCAACAACAGUAACCUCCAUUGCAUUUUGCAAUAUGGAGAACCAGGGAUAGGUUGCCUUUUGAUAUAAAAACAUUCUGAAUAUUGUGAAUUAUCACAUGCAUUGCAGUGACGAUACAUUCCACCAUUUGAUUAUGAUUGAGUUGUGCAACAAAUCUCACAGAAGUUAUGAGUGUAGCAACAAGAGCAGAGUAGGGGGUCAACUAAAUUCCAGGAUUUUCAGAAAUUGAAUGGAAUUGAGCCUUACUCUGAACCAGAGAGAAGUAAUUGCUAAGGAGAUCAAUCAAUAUUUAUUUGGUUAUAUGCGUUUGUUACAUAUACAGAAAGGUCAGACUUGUACUUUACAGAGAUAAUGAACUACAGGUAACUGCCGAAAUAAAGGAAACAACAAAGUGUCUUAAUAGGGAGUGGGGCCACCACGAGCAAGAACAGCUUCAAUGCAUUUUGGCAUAGAUUUUACACGUGUCUGAAACUAUUGGAAGGAUGCGAUACCAUUCUUCCACGAGAAAUUACAUUAUGUGGUGUUUGUUGAUGGUGGUAGAAAACAGUGUCUCAGGUGCUGCUUCAGAAUCUCCCAUAACUGUUCAAUUGGGUUGAGACCUGGUUAUCAAACCAUUCAGUGACCACUCGAGUCCUCUCUCAUGUGUAUGGUGGCAUUGUCAUCCUAUGGGGCCAUGGUAGCCAAAAUAAUAAAUAGCCUGCCCAGCAUUUCUAUACUUUACCUUAAGCAUGAUGGGAUGUUAAUUGCUUAAUUAACUCAGGAACCACACCUGUGUGGAAGCACCUGCUUUCAAUAUACUUUGUGUCCAUUUACUCAAGUGUUUCCAUUAUUUUGGCAGUAGUUGGAUUCCCUAAGAUUUAGAACCAACUGCUAACUGCGAUAAAUGUCUGAAGCAAUAACAAUUGAGUAAUAUCCCUGAUCAAAUAAUUAUAUAUUUCAGAUAGUUUUCAAAUGUUACUUUGGUGUUUUUGGCUCUCUCAUGAGUGUUUCUAAUAUUUGCCCUGAUUAUGUGCCCAAUGUACCCUCAAACUGCCACCAGAGGCUUCAAUGAGCUAGGCCUACUUGAAGCUGAACUACAUUUUCUCUUAAAAAUUCCCUUGAUCCUUCAGUGUAGGGCUACAGCAGAAAUUAGGAAAGGUGUUCUUUGGUUUGUUGCACAUGACUGGUGCACUAAAUCAGGGCAUUAUGUCCAAAGAAAAGUACAUAAAAUGGGACUAAUAAAUKAUUUAAAAUGGGACUAUUAUUAAUACAAAUUCAAUUGGCCCAGCUCGAGUGUCUUUAUAACUCAAAUUUGGUCAAAUAAAUUAAGAAUUGAGUAAGGGCAUCACCAUGGCCUGGCAAAAUCA